AUCAGGGGCCAUUUCUAUCCGUCAUCGUCACUGUUUUUCUUCUCCAAAAUGGCUUUCACCAAUCUCUCUCCUUUCUCCGCUAAAUCCCUUCUCAGCCACCAUCACCGCCGCUCCUAUCACGGCCCCAAAAUCGUCGUUAGACCAAUCACCGCCGUCCAUUCAAUCGACCCUUCCAAGUUCACCCAAUCACCGGCCUCGGCCACCACUCCAUCAGUGUCCUCAAAAUGGAGUCUCGACAGUUGGAAAAAUAUGAAAGCACUGCAGCUCCCCGAGUAUCCAGAUCAAAACGAGCUAGAAUCUGUCCUUGAAACCUUAUCCACCUUUCCUCCCAUUGUGUUCGCUGGGGAGGCACGGAAAUUGGAGGAGAAGAUCGGCCAAGCUGCAAUGGGGAAUGCUUUUUUACUUCAAGGUGGUGAUUGCGCAGAGAGUUUUAAGGAAUUUAAUGCUAAUAAUAUUCGCGAUACCUUCAGGGUCUUACUUCAGAUGAGCGUUGUCCUCAUGUUUGGCGGCCAAAUGCCUGUCAUCAAGGUGGGGAGAAUGGCGGGUCAGUUUGCGAAGCCAAGGUCAGAUCCUUUUGAGGAAAAGGAUGGAGUGAAGCUGCCAAGUUAUAGAGGUGAUAAUGUAAAUGGUGAUGCUUUUGACGAGAAGUCGAGAAUUCCAGACCCCCAUAGGAUGAUUAGGGCCUAUUGCCAGGCAGUGGCAACUUUGAACCUUCUCAGGGCGUUUGCAACUGGAGGCUAUGCAGCCAUGCAAAGAGUCAGCCAGUGGAACCUAGAUUUCACAGAGCACAGUGAACAGGGUGACAGGUACCAUGAACUGGCUCACCGAGUCGAUGAGGCCAUGGGAUUCAUGGCGGCAGCUGGACUCACAGUUGACCACCCGAUCAUGACAACAACAGAUUUUUGGACAUCUCAUGAAUGUCUGCUCUUGCCUUUUGAGCAAGCACUAACAAGAGAGGAUUCAACUUCUGGGCUUUAUUACGACUGUUCUGCUCACAUGCUUUGGGUUGGGGAACGGACUCGUCAACUUGAUGGUGCUCAUGUUGAGUUUUUGAGAGGAGUUGCAAACCCUCUCGGUAUAAAGGUGAGUGACAAAAUGAAUCCAAGUGAGCUGGUUAGGCUCAUCGAGAUUCUCAACCCUCAUAACAAGCCGGGACGGAUAACAGUAAUUGUAAAAAUGGGAGCUGAGAACAUGAGAGUGAAGCUUCCUCACUUGAUCAGGGCAGUGCGUAGAGCAGGCCAAAUUGUCACUUGGGUUAGCGACCCCAUGCAUGGUAACACCAUCAAAGCACCUUGUGGACUCAAAACUCGUUCCUUUGAUGCAAUCAGGGCUGAGGUGAGAGCAUUCUUUGAUGUGCAUGAGCAGGAGGGAAGCUACCCAGGAGGAGUACAUUUGGAGAUGACGGGCCAGAACGUGACGGAGUGCGUAGGAGGGUCCCGGACCAUAACUUAUAACGAUCUGAGCUCACGUUAUCAUACCCACUGCGACCCAAGGCUCAAUGCCUCGCAAUCCCUCGAACUUGCCUUCAUCAUCUCAGAGCGUUUACGAAAGAGAAGGCUUGCUUCCCAGCGCUCUCUGGCAUCUCCCAGGUUCUAGUGUAUGCCCUUGAGGGAUUGUUUGUGUGAAAUGAAUGCUUGUGUUUAGUCUGAUUAAAAUGAUUAUAAAAAAAUAUAUCAAACCCCACACACAAAUACAUUUCUCCCAUCUGUAUCUGUCUGCUCUGUGUUGUUAUACAAAGCAGGUUCGUUGCUAAAAAAUGCAACACCUCAAUAAUUGUGCUUC